ACCUGUAGCAAAGUAGCUGUCCUCUUUCCAUGAAAGUAGUUAGCAAAGCUAACACUAGCGAGCUAACAUCGCUUCAACCAACACGACAUGCACACCCCUAAAAGCUAAAGUCUUGCACGGCUUUAACUUUACCGAGUGAAACCACAGGCUGUCGUGAUGUCGGAGUCUAAGCCCCCAACUCCAACUCCUGGAGACACAUACAAAGGCUGGCUCUUUAAAUGGACUAACUACAUUAAAGGUUAUCAGAGACGCUGGUUUGUUCUGAGCAAUGGACUGUUGUCUUACUACAGGACCCAGGCAGAGAUGGGUCACACAUGCCGAGGCACCAUUAACUUGGCCACAGCCAACAUUGCUGUGGAGGACUCGUGCAAUUUUGUCAUUUCCAACGGAGGGGCACAGACUUACCACUUGAAGGCCAGCUCAGAAGUAGAGCGCCAGAGAUGGAUCACUGCCCUGGAGCUCGCCAAGGCAAAGGCAGUCCGCAUGCAGGCUGAAUCUGAUGACUCAGGUGAUGAUUGUCCAGCAGUGCCCCCCACCUCAGGACAGGGCGGAGGUGGCCGUAACUCUGAAAUUCAGUCCACGCUACGCACACUCAGCAGCAAGGUGGAGGACCUUAACACCUGCAAUGAUCUCAUUGUGAAGCAUGGGUCUGCCCUCCAAAGGUCUUUGUCAGAGCUGGAGGGGCUUUGUGUCGGAGGGGACAUGGGCGAAAAGAUGAGACAAGUGACAGAAAGAGCCACACUGUUCAGAAUCACCUCUAAUGCCAUGAUUAAUGCAUGUAGAGACUUCCUGUCUCUGGCCCAGAACCACAGUAAGCGCUGGCAGAAGGCCUUACAGGUUGAAAGAGACCAGAGGAUUCGGCUAGAAGAGACUCUGGAGCAGCUGGCCAAGCAGCACAAUCACUUAGAAAGAGCUUUCAGAGGAGCCACAGUUCUCCCCCCUUCAUUCAGCAAUCCCAAUUUAGGUAGCAAAGGUGGUGGUUCAGGAAAAGGUGACGCCAGUGACGAGGAUGAUGACAACGAGUUUUUUGAUGCUAUGGAAGACCCAGCAGAGUUUAUCACUGUCCCUGCCGAAACCAAGUAUCACAGGAGAUCUGGCAGCAAUGUUAGUGGGAUCAGCAGUGAGACUGGGAUGGAUGAUCAGUCGGUAAAUUUUGAUGAACUGUCUUUGGCGUCCAAUCCAGAGUCUCCACAGCCUCUCGAGCUAGAACCAGUUAGACAAAGACGGACUCAUAUCCCUGACAAGCCCAACUAUUACCUCAAUCUGUGGAGCAUCAUGAAGAACUGUAUUGGAAAGGAGCUCUCAAAAAUACCAAUGCCAGUAAAUUUCAACGAGCCCCUCUCAAUGCUGCAACGUCUAUCUGAAGACCUGGAGUACUACGAGCUGCUGGACAAGGCUGCUAAAUGUCAGAGCUCUCUGGAACAGAUGUGUUAUGUAGCAGCUUUCACAGUCUCCUCCUACUCCACCACUGUUCACCGCACAGGAAAACCCUUCAAUCCCCUGCUGGGAGAAACCUUUGAGCUCGAUCGGCUAAGCGAUUGUGGCUACCGUUCCCUCUGUGAACAGGUGAGUCACCACCCACCUGCUGCAGCUCACCACGCCAUGUCUGAGAAGGGCUGGACCCUCAGACAAGAAAUCACUCUGGCCAGCAAGUUUAGAGGAAAAUAUAUCUCCAUCAUGCCUUUGGGUUCUGUCCAAUGUUUUUUUGACAAGAGCAACAAUCACUACUCGUGGAAGAAAGUGACGACAACAAUACACAACAUCAUUGUUGGAAAAUUAUGGAUCGACCAGUCAGGCGAGACAGAUGUGGUGAACCACAAGACGGGAGAUCGUUGCCACCUCAAGUUUACUCCCUACAGUUAUUUUUCCAGAGAUGUACCAAGAAAGGUAACAGGAGUAGUAACAGAUAAGGAUGGGAAGGCCCAUUAUGUGCUAUCAGGAACCUGGGAUGAGAAGAUGGAGUUUUCUAGGGUAAUGCAGAGCAGUAAAGGCGAGAACGGCACUGAAGGCAAACAGAGGACUGUCUAUCAAACCCUCAAAGCCAAAGAAAUCUGGAAAAAGAAUCCUUUACCAGAGGGAGCAGAGAACAUGUACUUCUUCUCCUCACUGGCCUUGACGCUCAAUGAAGCGGAAGAGGGAGUGGCACCAACGGACAGUCGACGACGUCCAGACCAGAGGUUAAUGGAGGACGGCCGUUGGGAUGAGGCCAACGCAGAGAAACAGAGGCUAGAAGAGAAACAGCGCAUUGUACGCAGAGAAAGGGAGAGGGAGGCUGUCAAAGCCGCCAGUUCACCCGAGGAAGCUGUCUCCGAGGAUUCAAUCAAUGAUUCACCUUUGAAAACUGAUGCAGUGGAGACCGGCACAGAAGCAAAUGAGAUUUCUGAUGAAACUGACACAGAGGACUCUCCUCCUCUUACACCUGUUGCAUCACCUUAUGGACCACCACACCCCCCUUAUCAAAGCGCACAUCCAGACAACUACCAACCAAUGUGGUUUGAGAAGUUAGACGACCCUGUAUCUGGAGAGAGCUUGCAUGUCUACAAGGGCGGUUACUGGGAGGCGAAGGAACAAGGCAGCUGGGACGUGUGCCCGGACAUUUUCUGAUCCCCACUGAGUUGGCCUGGCUGCCUCUGUGGUGUACAAAUCUCACUUCAGCUAAACUGGGGAAUCAAGCCUGACAUCGAUCUAUCUUCAAUGUCCGUAGCCUCAACUGAUCACCCCAAUCUGCUCCCCUUUUCCAGCAGUGAUUUGCUCAGGGUUGAGGGCAUCUGGACUUCACCCUUGACGUAUAUAAAAUGCAGUUUGCAGCAUUGGUGCAACAUUGCAGCUGAUCAGUGUUCAGAAUUCCCUUUCACUGCCUCUCAAACACUGAUGUUUGUCUCGUGCUUGUUCUCAGUCCACGAUUCUCUGGUACAGCCUUCGAGGUGCAUUUGGCAGCAGGUUAUUCUGGUAAUGUCAUUAUGCAUUUACUUCAAAAGCACUAAUGUCAAACAUAA